AUGGGUUCUCUCAAGACGUUGUUUCUGGCAGUGCAUGCCUCCAACGGCAUAAUAAGAGCAUUGUUUCUGCCAGCAUGCUAUAUCACGCUCUUCAGUCCGAUCGCACUGGCUAUUGCAUGGUACUUUGGCUUGCUACAAACACUCGAGAAUCUCAUACCUGAAGACUUUUCCUGGUUCGAUCUUCUACCUCAGUUCGCUAUUUCGGCAGUCCUUUUCCUUUUGCCUACCAGAUUCUUUUCGGCCACAGGUAACGAAGUCAAGACCAAAGAUGGGAAGAGACGGAUACAAUCGCUGCCAUACUGGAUCCCAGGGUUCAGAAACCUCUGGAGUAUCGCGCUUAGUGGCGAGGAGUGGUUAAAGAGCGUGAGAGAAUCAUCUACCGUCAAUGUGAUUGCGUACAAGGCCGCAGGAACCCAACAUAACGUCCUUCUUUCAGAAACUUUACUCGCUCAAAUCUACAAGAAUUGGCAGAACCUGGAAACCCCGGACAACAACCUAACCGCCAUUCUUCGCAACGCAUUCAAGCUACCUUCAGUAAUGGAAAGCCACUAUCUUGAGAUAUUACCGGAAAUCAAUCAAAUUGUCGAAACCGAACUGUACGGAGGACCGAGUAAGGAAAAUCUUAUCAAAACGUCACUGAGUCUCAUAUCCGAAUCCCUUCCGGAUCUCGCCACUUUCAAUUCAAGUAUUGUCGACCAGAUGCAAUGGGAACGCGUCUCGAACAUGGAACUCACGGAUGGUACAUCAGAGGUCGAGUGCAAUCUGUUCGCGCUUGUCAAUGAGUUUUGUUGCAACGCCAUUCUGCCGCCGAUUGUUGGAACUCGUUUCACUGAAUCCUAUCAACUACUUCCUACGGACUUGGCUGCUCUCAAUGAACGCUUUUGGGCACUCGCUCUCGGUUUACCACGACUUUCGCCUAUUCAAGGCCUACCAGGAUCAGCUUUGGCCCAAAAGAGGUUGAUACAAAAUUUUGCAAGUUACUUUGAGGACCUAACCAACCCACCAGUAAAGCGGGUGCCGGCUGAUGAUGAGAGUGUGAGCGGCGAGGAAGAUACAGAUGCUGAUACAGUAACACCUCUAAUGAAACUCAAUCAAGUAUUCUCCAAGCAUGACCUUCCAAUGGAACUUCGAGCCUCGAUCGCUCUCCACAUUGUACAUGAUAUAGUCUCAGAAGUCGUACCGCUUGUUUUCUGGACGCUACUCCAUGUUUACUCGUCGUCGAAAGUGCAAGAGCCGAAGAAUUUGGAAAGCCUGCCACUCGAGAGGAUCAAGAAAGAGACUAGAACUUGGGCCCAGGCUUUCCAACCGCCAUCAAUUCAUCCCGCAUUCCCGGCACCGCCAGAGAUACGCUUUGGAUCAGCCACUCAGGUCCUCACUACAGCCUUUUCACCUUAUCUUCGCUCGUGUAUCAACGAGGCUCGCCGUCUGUACAGCUGCUCUGUCAGUGCGUACAAGAUCAAACAGACCAUUACGCUGAAAGAAGAGGAUUCUGUACGGACAGGCAUAGAAGAGGAAUGGGAGUUAGAAGCGGGGGCGUUUGUUGACAUCGGCCUUUCUCAAUCUAUGAUCAAUUCAUCGUCGGCAUCACACCCCGAUCCACAAAACUAUAAGUCGGACCGCUUCCUCAAUGCCCUGGUUUCAUGUUCUAUUGUUGCUCCGAAUAACCUGUCGGAAUCGUACAAGACUGCACUUCUCAUCCCGUUGGUCGCUGGUAUCAUGCAGCUAUGGAAGAUUGCUCCGGCGCCAAAGAAGAGCUUCUUUGACCAAAUCCAAGAAGCAGGGAAUGAAGCAUCAAUUGGCGCAGCCGCGCUUUCCGGAGAGGAAAAGGCGGCAAGAGAUGAAGCCAACAAAGCGAGGGAAAAUGCAAAGAGAAAGGACGCAAAAUGGGCGCUUCCGACGGCCGUUGAUGGAGCAAGCAUCAAGGUUCCGAAGGCUGAUGUCAGGGUAAGGAUCCGUAGGAGGGAAGGUUUACCUACAAGUAAGAUUGUUGGGCGCAUUGGCUAG